CUCCUUUGCGGUUCUGCCGCUUUCUGCCUGCACCGCGGCGUGAAAGGCUUUUUUACUUUUCUCGGUAAAAAAACAAAACAAAACAAAACACAGAAAAGGCUGUGGCGCGUGUGCGAGCCUACAGCAGUCUGCGGUGAGCCUGGAGGACGUCCGUGCGAACGCCGUGGGCAGACCCCACUGGGACUUCCGCGAGAGCCCCCGAAUUCCAGCAGGUCUACCCGGAGAAGCACGGCCGGCCCGGUCCCCGGUCCGCAUCCCCCGGGAGCCGCGAGCCACGCCGCCGCCCCGGCUGCGAAGGUUUCUCCCCGCCUGCGGGUGGCGCGCUGGCUGAUCUCACCCCAGCAGGGAAGCUCGGCUCGCCUCCAUCUGGGUCCGGCACUUUAAAAGCGGAAGCCGACUUGAGCAUGUGUCGGGCGUGAUGAGGACCCCCGAGAACUUGGAGGAGCCUAGCUCCACGCCAAACCCCGGCAGGACCCCCCAGGAGAGGUUCGUUUAUCUGGAAGCGCUCCUGGAGGGAGGGGCUCCCUGGGGCUUCACCCUGAAAGGUGGCCUGGAGCAUGGAGAACCGUUAAUCAUUUCCAAGAUCGAAGAAGGAGGAAAAGCUGAUGUGGUGAGCUCUGGUCUGCAAGCUGGGGACGAGGUCGUGCACAUCAAUGAGGUGGCAUUGAGCAGUUCCAGGAGGGAGGCUGUCUCCCUGGUGAAGGGGUCCUACAAGACCCUCCGGCUGGUGGUGCGCAGAGAUGUGUGUGCGGACCCAGGCCGUGCAGAUCCUGGCGCCUCUAACUCCCUCGGCUCAGAGCUGCUCACCGGCGGUCCCCAGCACCGGAAAGCGACAUGGUCAGGAGGGGUGAAACUUCGGCUGAAGCAGAGGUGCAGUGAACCCGCCGCUCGCCCCCACUCGUGGCAUACGACCAAAUUUGGAGAGAACAAGCCUGAUGCCAGCAUGAUGCAGAUAUCUCAGGGCACGAUGGGCCCUCCUUGGCACCAGAGCUACCAUUCCAGCUCUUCCACAAGUGACCUCUCCAACUACGACCAUGCUUAUCUGAGGCGGAGCCCUGACCAGUGCAGCUCCCAAGGGAGCAUGGAAAGCCUGGAGCCUGGUGGCGGGUACCCAUCCUGCCACCCUCUUUCCCCUGCCAAGUCCACGAGCAGCAUCGACCAGCUGGGCCACCUCCAUAACAAAAGAGACUCGGCCUAUAGUUCCUUCUCCACGAGUUCUAGCAUCCUGGAGUACCCACCCCCUGGUGGCUCCGGCCAAGAACGGUCAGCUUCCACGGACAUGAUUUCUGCUCGAGGCGGCCUCCUAGAAGGGAUGAGGCAAGCAGACAUUCGCUACGUCAAGACAGUCUACGAUACCCGGAGGGGGGUCUCGUCCGAGUAUGAGGUGAACCCUUCCGCUCUGCUCCUUCCAGGCAGGGACGCCCACGCCCCAGCAGGUAUCCAGGGCUGUGCCAAAUGGCACAGCGUUCCUCGGGGCAAGGGGGCGCCAUCCCCAUCCUGGAGCCAGCAGUGCCCGGGCUCCUCGGAUGCCGCCACUGACAACCUGCCCCCUAAAGUGGGCGCACCCACGCCCCCGACUCGGAGCGACAGCUACGCAGCCAUCCGGCAGCGCGAGCGUCCCAGCUCCUGGUCGAGCCUUGAUCAGAAGAGGUUCUGCAGGCCGCAGGGCAACUCCUCGGGCCCCUCGAAGACGCCGUUCCUCGAGGAACAGCUGCACACGGUCCUAGAGAGGAGUCCGGAGAGCAGCCCCCCGGUGAGGCCCAAGCAUGCCUAUGCCCAGAAGGCACAGCCUGGCCAGCCCCUGCUGCCCACCGGCAUCUACCCGGUGCCUUCCCCAGAGCCGCACUUUGCCCAGGUGCCCCAGCCUUCCGUGAGCAGUAACGGCACCGUCUACCCCGCCCUGGUCAAGGAGAGUGGCUAUGCCGCUGCCCAGGGAGCUUGUAACAACAGGAUGGCUGCCUUGGACGAGAACGGGAACCACCGUGAAGCCAGCAGGCCCGGGUUCGCCUUCUGCCAGCCCCCGGAGCGGGACUCGGCGGCCCCGGCGGAGAGGAACCCAGAGCCCACGGCCAGAUUCGUCUCCUACAAAGUCCAUUUUUCUUCAGCGCCUGGAAAUGAAGACGCCUCCCUGAAGAGACACGUCGCGCCUCUGCAAGGCAACAGCAGCCCAUACCCCAGCGAGAGACGGAUCGCCAAUCACCAGGGCCUCUCACCUCCUCGGGCCCCGGCCGCCUCGCCCGUGGGUGGUGACCGGAGGCCCUCCAGGCUCCCCCAGCCCCGGGACGGUGACUUCCAGGAAGAUCACAACGCCAACCCCAGGCAGAAACAGGAGAGGGAAGGUCACAGCGGCCAGAGCAACUUUGGCAGGUCCAAGUUGGCCUUCGCCUCCCUCCAGAACAUUCCAGAGAGCCUGAGGAGACGAAGCAGCAGCGUGGAGCUCGGAGGAGAGGCCCAGGAGGGUUCCCCCGGUGGCAGGCCCCCCUGUGCCCUCUACGCCACCGUCGAAGAGCCCGGGAGGAAAGCCGGGCCCGACGGCAGGAGCUACCUGGACAGGCCCGCUUCCUGCCCAAGGCCGGAGGGCAAGGUGCAGGCCGCAGACCCCAGGUCUGCAGAGCCCCCGGCCCCACCCCUGCAGCAGACAUGCGGCGUGGCUCCCAGGAGACCCAGCUCCAGCAGCGCCUCCCCCUCCUCCCCCUCCUCCUCCGCCCUGCAGUACAGGAAGACCCCGUGUUCGGUGCUGGAGAAGGUCUCCAAGAUAGAGGAGCGAGAGCAGGGCCGCCACCGGCUCCCCAGCGUGGGCAGCUGCACCACCUUCGGCCCGAACGCCAGGCCCGGUCGGAGCGGCAGUGACUUUGAGGAUCCCAAAGCCGCCGGCGUCCAUCUCUCCACGGAGGCCACGGAGCAGCCGCGCAACGGGGAGGCGAAGCUCGAGGAGGCGCCCUGGCAGCCGUGCGGCCAGCCGCCGAGGAGGGCCGCCGAGGGCCGCGGACCCCCCGGCCGAGCUGCCGAGCCCCCGAGGCCCGAGGCCCGCCUGCUGCGCAGCCAGAGCACCUUCCAGCUCUUCAGCGAGGCCGAGAGGGAAGCGGCCGCCGCCGCCGCCGCGUGGUCGGAGGACCGGCCCGGCACCCCCGAGUCGCCCCCGCUCGACGCGCCCUUCAGCCGCGCCUACAGAAACAGCAUCAAGGAUGCCCAGUCCCGCGUCCUGGGGGCCACCUCGUUCCGUCGCCGGGACCUAGAGCCGGGCACCCCCGCCGCCACCUCGAGGCCCUGGCGCCCGCGACCCGCCUCUGCCCACGUGGGGAUGCGGAGCCCCGAGGCCGCCACCUCCGCUGCUGCAGCAGCAGCAGCAGCAGCAGCAGCUUCAGCAUCCGCAUCCUCAGCAUCCUCGUCCUCCCCACACACCCCUCGGGAGCGGCACAGCGUGACCCCGGCCGCACCCCAGGCUGCCCGGCGAGGUGCACGGCGGCGCCUCACGCCCGAGCAGAAGAAGCGCUCCUACUCGGAGCCCGAGAAGAUGAACGAGGUCGGGGUGUCGGAGGAGGCCGAGCCCGCCGCGCCCUGCUGCGGCCCCCAGCGGCCGACGGCCCCGCCGCCGCCGCGCUUCUCGGAGAGCACCGUGGCCGACCGGCGCCGCCUCUUCGAGCGCGACGGCAAGGCCUGCUCCAGCCUCAGCUUGUCCGGGCCCGAGCUCAAGCAGUUCCAGCAGAGCGCCCUGGCCGACUACAUCCAGCGCAAGACCGGCAAGCGGCCCGCCUCCGCCGCCUGUCCCCAGGAGCCCGGGCUGCGCGAGCGCGCCCAGAGCGCUUACCUCCAGGCCGGCCCCGACGGCCCCGGCCUGGCCUCCGCCUGCAGCCUGAGCUCGCUGCUGCGGGAGCCCGAGGCGCUGCACCGCAAGGAGCACCCCCACCUGUCGGCAGCCGCAGAUGCCCCCCAGGCGCCCCGGGAUCGCAGCAGCUCCUUCGCCAGCGGACGCCUCGUCGGGGAGCGACGACGCUGGGACCCCCAGAUCCCCCGACAGCUGCUCAGCGGAGGUAACUGCGGACCCAGGGGCACCCAGAGAAUGGACAGGACCCCUGGCGGGUCGCCUUCCUGGGACAUGGUGGCCGCCAAGGCGGGGAAGUCCAAGUCAGCCGAGGAUCUGCUGGAGCGCUCUGAUACCCUGGCGGUCCCUGUGCACGUGAGGUCCAGGUCGUCUCCCACCUCUGACAAAAAAGGCCAGGAUGUGCUCCUGAGGGAAGACGGCAGCUUUGGUUUCGUGAAGGACCCAUGUUGUUUGGCUGGCACUGGAUCUAGGUCUAUCAGUUGCUCAGACAGAGGCCAGAAAGAGCCGGCAUUGCCCCUACACCAUCCUACCCCUUGCUGGAAUGGCUUAGGCUACAAAGCCACGGUUGGUUCCUCAGCUCCUGCCGAAUGUUCUGGAGCCCCAGACCAUCUGAAGCAACCUAGAACACCUUGCCCUAGGCCACUUUCGGCAGGAAUGCAAGGCCACUUUCCAGAUGCCAGAGCUGCCUCCGUGGCCGCGCUCAGCUCCCCUCUGCCGUCCCCUGUCCCCUCCAGUUACCAUUCACAGCUCCCCAUUGACCCGCAGACUGACAGGAGUGGUCAGACUGGACGACAGCCUCUUCCGUCCUCCGCCCCCGCAGCGACCCGCAGACACGAUGGCCAUAGCCUGACCCAGCCUCCCAGCCCCAAAGGCCAUGAGUUCAACGGCCCAGAGCAUGGGCUGGAAGAGGGAAUGUGGAAGAGGGGGUCCCCGCCUCAGCGACCCCCUCCACUGUGGGUGAAGUGGGCCCCCGCAGUCAGAGAGGACGGCCUUUCCGAGGACACCUCGGCGCCUGAGCUUGCAAACCCGAAGCACUAUAGAAACCAGAGUCUGCCCAGUUCAUGCAGCACCUCAGACCCAGAUACUCCAGGAAGGAUCUCUCUCCGGAUAUCCGAGUCAGCCCUGCAGGCUUCCCCGCCACCCCGGGGGGACUAUGAUGACGAAGUGUUUGUGAAGGACUUGCACCCCAAGGUUGCUUCAAGCCCCGCCUUUGAAGCUCUUCCCCCGCCUCCGCCUCUACCUCCUCCACCGAGCCAGGAAACCCUAGUGAAUGGCUCCGAUGACUUUCCUCCGCCGCCUCCCCAAGCCGUGGAUGAACGGCUGGACAGCGAGGCGUCCCCGGAACCUGUGUGCAGCAGCAGUUCCCGCCGGUUUCCCACGACCACGACGACAGUCGCAAGCCGUUCCGAAGGUAGUCACGUGACGACGCCCAAACCACCCCAGACUUCAGCCACAGGUUCAGAAGCCGAGUCCAGCACACCUUCUGAUGGGAAUGCGCAGCCGCAGCUCGCCAGUUCUCUUGGCCAGCGGCCCUCCCCCAGCCAGACCCAAAGCCUCGUCCAUGAGCCUGUCGGGAGAACUCAGGAUCCGGGAAAGAAAAUCCAGGCUGAGCCCCAGAAGACCUCGGAAGACAUCCGGACAGAGGCUCUUGCCAAGGAAAUUGUCCACCAAGACAAGUCUCUGGCAGACAUCUUGGAUCCGGACUCCAGAAUGAAGACAACGAUGGACCUGAUGGAGGGUUUGUUCCCCAGAGAUGCUAGUGUGCUGACGGAGAGCGUCACCAAGAGGAAGGCCCUAGAAACAGCCGUCAGACACACAGGGUGUGAAGCCAAGAGGGGUGACGACAAGGAAGCCACGGGCGUGCUGGUCAACUGCCCGGCCUACUACAGUGUGUCUGCUGCCAAGGCAGAGCUGCUGAACAAAAUCAAGGACAUGCCCGAGGAAGUGCCCGAGGAGGAGGAGGAGGAGGAGCAGGAGGACGUCAAUGAGAAGAAGGCUGAGCUCAUCGGAAGCCUCACCCACAAGCUCGAGACCCUCCAGGAAGCGAAGGGGAGCCUGCUCAUGGACAUCCAGCUGAACAACGCCCUGGGAGAAGAGGUGGAGGCCCUCAUCAGUGAGCUCUGCAAACCCAAUGAGUUUGACAAGUACAAGAUGUUCAUAGGGGACUUGGACAAGGUGGUCAACCUGCUGCUCUCACUCUCUGGCCGCCUCGCCCGGGUGGAGAACGUCCUCAGUGGCCUUGGUGAAGACGCAAGUAAAGAAGAAAGGAGCUCUCUGAACGAGAAGAGGAAGAUCCUGGCCGGCCAGCACGAGGAUGCGCGGGAGCUCAAGGAGAACCUGGACCGGAGGGAGCGCGUGGUGCUGGCCAUCCUGGCCAAUUACCUGUCGGCCAAGCAGCUCCAGGACUACCAGCACUUCGUGAAAAUGAAGUCCACCCUCCUCAUCGAGCAGCGGAAGCUGGAUGACAAGAUAAAAUUGGGCCAGGAGCAGGUCAAGUGUCUGCUGGAGUCCCUGCCCUCGGACUUCAGGCCCAAGGCAGGGGCCAUCUCCCUGCCCCCAGCCCUCACCAGCCAUGUGACUCCUGGGGGGGGCUCUGGACUCGGUGGCAUUUUCCCAGCGUUGACCUCUCCACUUUAACCUCUCCUGAAAGACCCAACCAAAAGAUGCCACUCCCAACACUAUUUAAUCUGAAAGAUGUUUCACUACAACUGCAGUCUGGACUGGGGGUUUCUGGGGGGCUUCCGGGGUAAAAGGAAGAGAUUGCACCCAGGAAGACGCCCGUCUUUCCUUUCUUGCCUUUCACGGUUGGUCUUGUGAGCUCGCGUGCUGCUGGGCCUUCCCACCUGUAUUUACUGUGCAGUAGAAGGAAAGUUAAAGACACCGAGCUGAUGGGAGGGGGUUUGGUCGUGGAGCUUUUCCCAGGCUGAAGCAGCAGAGACCAGUGUGUGCCACCCUCAGGAAUGUAUCCACAGUGGCCUUCCUUGCUGGUGGGCAGCGUACCCUGAUGACGGGGUGCAAUACCAGUCUGAGACACAAAGCCUUAAAGAGACACACACAUGAAGAAAACUGUAAAACCUUGAACAUUUUUGUUAUUUAUAUUUUUAAAAAUGAAAGAGAUCAUUAUGUUUGUGUGCUAACCACUUACUUGAUUCUAUUUGUGGUGGAUGUAGACAAUUACGUGUGAGCUUUGUAUUUUGUGAAGACCUUAAUGAAGAAUUCCAAAGAUAGUCAAAUUGAA